CAACGGCAGCAGCGCCUGCGCGCCCAGGGGCCGCCGCCGCCUCCGCAGCCCGGGAGAGAGACGGGAUCCGCCGCCGCAUCCUCUUCCUCCCCCACCGCUUCCCCGCGGGCGCCCGCGGUCGGGACGGCCGGGCGCGAGAGGAAGCGGCGGUCGGAGCGCUCGGAGGGACGCGCGUGUGAAGUCUCGGAGAGCAGCAGUGUAGCGGCAUUGCCCUUCCUUGUAGCUGUCCCUACUGAUCCGUCUGGUUGUGCAUACGUACACUAUGGAUACCUGCAGUGACCAGGCGUGGGCUGCCGUGCUCUCAGUCAAGUGCAGCCACUGAUCACGAGAUGUUACCACAAAAUCUACCUCAGACUUCACUUUUGUUCAUUCAGUUGCUGCAUCAUAGAUCUCAACGGGAGCUCUGCAGACACUCUUGAAAGUCUCUGAACAGAUUGGGACAUCAAGUCAAAGCGUGAUGACCUAAUAGGAGGUCAAAGUCUGAAGCAUUGAUUCAGCAGUUCAAGAUAACACUCCCCUUUUUAUCAGUAUCACUUCUGAAGGCUACAGACCUCCUGCCAUUUCUUUCCUGGCUACUUCAGAAACACUCAACUGACCUUUCUUUGGUGAAGAGAUCUUGACUUUUCUCUCUGGUCCUGGAAAUAUUAAUGGAAUACAGUCAUGUCUACCCAGGACGAGAGGCAGAUAAAUACAGAGUAUGCUGUAUCCUUGCUGGAGCAGUUAAAAUUCUUUUAUGAACAGCAGUUGUUAACUGACAUAGUGUUGAUUGUUGAGGGCACUGAAUUUCCCUGCCAUAAGAUGGUUCUUGCAACAUGCAGCUCAUAUUUCAGAGCAAUGUUCAUGAGUGGGCUGAGCGAGAGCAAACAGACACACGUACACCUGAGGAAUGUGGAUGCAGCCACUCUGCAGAUCAUCAUCACUUAUGCAUACACGGGUAACCUGGCAAUAAGUGAGAGCACAGUAGAGCAGCUCUAUGAAACUGCCUGCUUCUUACAGGUAGAUGAUGUGUUACAACGAUGUAGAGAAUACUUAAUCAAAAAAAUUAAUGCAGAAAAUUGUGUGCGUCUAUUAAGUUUUGCUGAUCUCUUCAGCUGUGAAGAGUUAAAACAGAGUGCUAAAAGAAUGGUGGAGCACAAGUUCACAGCUGUGUACCACCAGGAGGCUUUCAUGCAACUGUCACAUGAUCUACUGAUAGAUAUUUUAAGCAGUGACAAUUUAAAUGUGGAAAAGGAGGAGACAGUGCGUGAGGCUGCUAUGUUAUGGCUGGAGUACAACACGGAAUCACGUUCGCAGUAUUUGUCCUCUGUUCUUAGCCAAAUCCGGAUCGAUGCACUUUCAGAAGUAACACAGAGAGCCUGGUUUCAAGGCUUGCCACCUAAUGAUAAAUCAGUGGUGGUGCAAGGUCUGUACAAAUCGAUGCCCAAAUUUUUCAAGCCCAGACUUGGCAUGACAAAAGAGGAGAUGAUGAUAUUCAUUGAAGCUGCUGCUGAAAACCCUGGUAGUCUUUACUCUUCUGUCUGUUACAGCCCACAGGCAGAGAAAGUUUACAAACUCUGCAACCCUCCUGUUGACUUGCAUAAGGUUGGGACACUGGUAACCCCUGAUAACGACAUCUAUAUAGCAGGUGGGCAAGUUCCUCUCAAGAACACAAAAACCAAUCACAGUAAAAGCAGCAAACUCCAGGCUGUCUUCAGAACUGUGAAUUGCUUUUACUGGUUUGAUGCGCAGCAGAACACUUGGUUCCCCAAGACGCCGAUGCUCUUUGCACGCAUCAAGCCGUCCCUGGUGUGCUGUGAAGGAUACAUCUAUGCAAUCGGCGGGGACAGCGUCGGCGGGGAGCUCAACAGGAGGACCGUGGAGAGGUACGACACCGAGAAGGACGAGUGGACCAUGGUCAGCCCCCUGCCCUGCGCGUGGCAGUGGAGCACUGCCGUGGCGGUUCACAACUGCAUCUACGUCAUGGCACACAACUUGAUGUACUGCUACUUCCCCCGCUCGGACGCCUGGGUGGAGAUGGCAAUGCGACAAACAAGCAGAUGUUUCGCCUCAGCUGCUGCUUUUGGUGAUAAGAUAUUCUAUAUCGGAGGACUGCAUAUUGCCAGCAAUUCUGGGAUAAGGCUCCCCAGCAGUACUGUGGAUGGGUCUUCUGUAACAGUGGAGAUCUAUGACGUGAAUAAAAACGAAUGGAGGAUGGCAGCCAACAUCCCUGCCAAGCGCUAUUCCGACCCAUGCGUCAGGGCUGUUGUCAUCUCUAAUUCCUUAUGUGUCUUUAUACGAGAGACCCACAUGAACGAGAGAGCCAAGUAUGCCACCUAUCAGUAUGACCUGGAACUCGACCGCUGGUUCCUGAGACAGCACAUAUCGGAACGCGUGCUGUGGGACUUAGGGAAAGACUUCCGGUGCACUGUAGGAAAGCUGUAUCCAUCUUGCCUUGAAGAGUCCCCAUGGAAACCUCCAACGUAUCUCUUCUCACCAGAUGGAGCUGAUGAAUUUGAGCUGGAUGGGGAGAUGGUUACUUUACCACCUGUAUAGCUCCCAGAUUAGACUGCACAACUGAGUCUGUGCUCCGUUAUAAUAAAAGAAAUAAAUGGCUGUGAAAGAACAGGUCUGGGGACAGAAAUCUCAGAGCUGUCUUUCAUGAGUUGUAUUUUUAUGCCCUACCUAACACUUGCCGCCAUUCAGUAUGAAUUAGUGAAAUGAGCAGGUAUGCUUCCAUAAUCUCAAAUACUAUUAUCAGAUAAUUGAGAAAAAUAUAUGUAUAUCAUGAGCUUGAGCAUCUGACUUGUCUAAAAGAAUUCUAGUUCUAUAAAGUCUCAGUUCAGGAAAAUUAGCUUAAGAAAAAAAGUAGUUAUUGUUUCCAGGAUGAUAUUACAACUCUUUUGAAAGUAUCUUCCAGUUACAUUUUAACUACUUCUGGAUAUUCUACUUAAGUGCUAGUUAUAUAACUGUCAGCGUGGCCUAAUUAAAGGACUGUGCUGCACUUACUAAAUACUAAUAUCUAUGUUGGUAUAGUAAUGCCAUUAAAAAAGAAAAAGAAACAAAUCCCAUGGAUCUACACCUGUGGUAGGAAGGGUAGAUCUUCCAUUGUAUGGUAACAUGCUGGGCAAAAUGACUGCAGGUUCAGUCAAGCUGUAUGAUGAGGUGCAUGUAUUCUAUUUUCACUAACUUAUACCUGUCUAUUUAGAAUACAGGUCUUCCAAGCAGCUGGUAGAUUACCAGGUGUGGACUUAAGUUGCUGGGCUUGCAAUAGGAAUUGCCAGCCCUCAUAGUGCGGGUCUAUGUGGGGCUUUAAUCAGUAAAUGCCUCCACAUUCUGUAUUACAGUAACAUUGGCUCAUGUAUAUUACUUCCUGCUGCUGAUGUAUUUUUCCAUUGUAAAACGAAGUUUUAGUGUGGAUUAACCAGGUCUUUAUUUUCUGUUAAUUUAAUAACAAGCAUUACUGUAGUGUGAUUGUGUAUAGAUAUCCCUUAGCUGUCAGGUUUUUUACUUUUGGGGGGGAAGCAAACUUCAGGAAUAUCCUGUGCUGUGUGUGCAGGAGAGCAGAUGCCUAGUGCUGCUCUGGCAUUAAUCCCAGGAACCACUAGCAGUAGCGGGGUGCCGCCAACUUAACAUGAACACAGGUGCUUCAUGACAAACCUUACUAGCAUGUUCAGCUGCAUCAUGUUCUGGCACUGUAUUUUGAAUGACGUUAAUUUAUUAAAAAAUACUGAAUCCAA